AUGUUGACGCUCGACUCUGGAUACCAGAGAUUUCUCCCCGGUGAACCCAUAACAGACCGGACUUCUGAGACUCUUGCUAGGAUGCACAAAUCUGGAUCGCUGCGCAAAAGAGAGGAGCAAAUAUUCAACUACUACACAGUUACAUGGGACACAGAAGAUGAUUACAUACUUAUCUAUCUGCUACCAGACGAUACCCAGGCUAUGUUGCGUCAUAGUCUUAAACUUCAUGACUAA